AUGGUCAGCUGGGAACGUGGUUCUGCUAUUAACUGGAUGAAGACUCUAUGCUAUCCUUUAACACAGAGAGUAGACGGCGCGCGGCCGCCGCCGCCGCCAUUGCCAUGGGACAAGGCAACUACCUUCGACGCCUUCUCCGAGCUGCCCUUCCUGCCCCAGACCCUGCCGCCAGCGGAGGCCGCCAGCACCACAUCCUCCGCCCUGCGACUCUUCGGCAUCGACUUCCCUACCGUCGGCGAGGCCACGCCCUCGAGCCCCGCCGCCGGAGGAGGGCGUAAGUUCGAGUGCCACUACUGCGGCCGCAAGUUCCCGACCUCGCAGGCGCUCGGCGGCCACCAGAACGCGCACAAGCGCGCGGCGCAGCACCUCCAUUUCCGCCACCAUGCCUCCGCCGCCGCCCGCUCCCACCACUUCUGGCCUCCUUUGUCCUGGACGACAGCCGGCGAACUCCGCUUCCUCUACGCCACCGCAGCGUCGCUGCCACGGAUCGUGCCGGCGCUGCAUACCCUCCGGCGUGACAACGCUGCACCGCCUCUUCGUCGACCAGAGAAAGGCGGCGCCGGCAGUGCGCGUGACGGCGGCCCGUCUUCUUUCUUAACUCCUCCGAAGCGCAUCGAGUCCAGUUGCGACAGCAGUUUGAGUUUGGAUUUGCAUUUGUAA